UGCCUGUAUGAUACAAGUCUGAAUUCGUCGUCGUCUUUGUUCUUCCAGCGAUUCCGUCUAAACCACCUGAUACCAUGUCUUUGGCAGCUUAUAGAAACCUCUUGCGCGCUGCGCGGAUCGCCUUUCAGGGCGACGUCCAUGUCCUCACUGCUGCCCAGAACCAGAUCCGACAGGGCUUCCAAGAGAACCGCGCGCUCGACUCAAGUUCCGGCAUCCAGGCGGCAAUCAGACAUGCCGAGGACGUGGCCACCAUCCUGCGUCAAAACAUCGUCCAGGGACAAAAGAUUGAGAGCAACGGCGACGAGCACACGUACAAGCUGCGAAUACACGAACACACGGAGCGAGGGGAUAAUGACAGUAUCUUGACCGCAGGCAAGGGCAAGAGUGGUGGUGGCUGUGGCUGCAAUUGAUGAGCAGCUUUUGUAUAUAUCAUUGUAACAAAACUAUGUAGAAUUACUGGACUUAUGAUACCCUCCAAUCCAAUGCCACACGAUAUAUUUGGCCUUCCAUC